UUCUCUCCUCGCGCAGCCUAAGCAGCCCGUCUGCGCUCCAGAGCCGAAACCGGGCAGCCUCUCCCUGGCAACUGAUGACGAUGAAGCGCAACGAAACCCCAUUGGCUCCUGGGGGAGGCAUCCUCCCUCCCCGAAGCUGCUGCGAGUUGGGGGAACUCAGCUGUGGGGCUCGGAGAUUUGCUGUGGGGCAGCGAGGACGAUGGGUCCCGGGAGGUGCAACUGGGGUCUGGCGGCCCUGGCCUGGCUCUGGGGGGCAGCGGCGGCUGCAGCGACCGAAGUGCGAGAGGAUCCUGCCCACCUCUUUUCUGAGGUCUACCUGUGCCAGCAGGAUUCCCUGCUCCCUGAGAUGGUCCAGACGCUGGACAACGAGGAGCUCUUCUGGUUCAACUCCUCGGAGUCCGCCUGGCACCCCCGCCUCCCCGAUUUCCAGCCGGGGGUGCGGACCCGGACCCCCGAAAGUCACAUCCGGGUGCUGAACCAGCUCUGCAACGACGUGCUGAGCAACUUUUCGUACUAUUUCGCAAUUAUGCCGGAAGCGAAAGGUAUUGCUCAGGUGAAGGUCUUCCUCCUGCAGCCGCUGCAGAUGGGCCAGCCCAACACGCUCGUCUGCUCAGUGACCAACCUCUUCCCUCCGGCGGCCGAGGUCACCUGGACGUACCAAGGUCAGCCCGUGACCCAGGGGGUCUCCACCCCUCCGGCAAUCCCUGUGGAGGACCUGGAGUUUGAGCUCUUCUCCUAUUUGGAGGUGACCCCCCAGGAAGGAGACAUCUACAGCUGCAACGUCAAGAGUCCCCGCGACACCUUCAGCAUCCAGACGUUCUGGGUCCCCCAAAAUCCCGUCCCCUCGGAGCUCCUGGAGAACAUCCUGUGUGGCCUGGCUUUUGGGGUUGGCGUCCUCUUUGCCAUCGCCGGGGUGGUCCUGGUGGCAGUAUCCUGCAAGCGCAACAGCACAGGGGCGCGUCUUGAGGAGGAGCGCGGAGAGAGAUCCGGAGCCUGCAAAGCGGAUCCUUCUUCUUCCUCCUCGCCCAGCGGAGUCAGGAUGCGGCCUCUCGGGGCGGCUUUGGCCGGCCUCUGCCUGGCGCUGAGUUACCUGCCAACAGGGGCUUUCGUCGUCCACCUGCAGGAGGACUGCUUCCUCUCGGACGGGGGUCGCGCCCUCUGGCUCAACUGGACGGUGGCCUUCAACAAGAUCCCCUUCAUCUGCUUCGAGGGAUCCAGCGGGAGCUUCGUGCCCUGCGGCCUGGGCGCCUACAGCCCCUGGGACCAGCUGACUGCCUACUUCGCGGACCACCUGAACGACGUCCUGGGGGCGCAGAUGAAGGGGGAGGCCCAGCGCUGCCAGGGGCAGGUCCACUCGCUGUGGGGACCCUCAGCGCUCAGGAAGACUCCCCCAAAGGUCCGGGUAUUCCCUGUCAUCCCUCAGAACACCCCGGAGUCCAUCAUGUUGGCGUGUGUCGUGUGGGGCUUCUACCCGCAAGACGUGACCGUCACCUGGCUGUGGAACGGGGCCCCCCUGAAGAACGGGACAGGCCCCCCGGCAGUGCCCUCCAGCAACGGGGACUGGACCUACCAAACUCUGCUCACCCUCCCCGUGGACCCCCGGCAGGGAGGCACCUACACCUGCCAGGUGACCCACGUGAGCCUGAAUGAAACCCUGACCAAGGACUGGGCGCCAGGCCUGGCUGUGGACCUCCGGUGGAAAGUGGGGGUCUCGGCAGCCAUGCUGGGGGUCGGCAUCCUUCUCCUUGCCCUGGGCACCGUCCUUUGGAAGAGGAGAUUCCCCGAAGGCUACGCCCCCAUUGAUGGCAGCACCUACCCAAAUGGUCGCUAGCCUGACUCUGAAGACGCCUCUCCCCAAACUCCUUCGGCGGCGAUUUCAUCCUGGAUCUGUUGGGGAGACUGCAAACCAUCAAAAGCGAUGUCACCAACCCUGGCCCUGCUGCUGCUUCAAAGACCCCCCAGAGACCCCCACCCCGAAGCCCCAAGGGGGCCUGUUGAGCCCAGCACCCUCCCCACGCCCUGCCUCCUCCUCUGCUAAUUUCUCUCACCCGUCUAAUUCGCCGCUGUCUCCUUUGCAGCAGCUGAUUAGAACCACAGAACUGUGGGGCUGGGACCCCGGGAGGUUCUCUAGACCAACCCGCUGCAGCGCAUUGUGCAAAGAUGCCCCUCCUCUAUUCCCCUUGGCUGUCAUUGGUUACAAUCAAGCUGAGGCAGGGGGUUGGGCUAGAUGACCGCUGGGGGUCCCAGCUGUACAAUUCUUUGAUUCUGUGGGAGAGGAACUCUUUUUAAUCCACCCGUGGGGCUCCUUUUCUCCAGGUUUUUAAAGAGAGGUGUGCACAUUUGUAUAUAUGCUUUUAUUAAGACUUUUCUUUAAAAUAAAAACUAAGGAGAAAGCUAAGGUCCCGGGUGCGGGUUUGGCGGGUUCACCUUCCUACAAAAGAGGACUUUGCAUUCAAACCAUUUCUUUUGUUAAGCUGCGCUUCCUGCAUUGCAGAGGGUUCGUCUAGAUGGCCCCUGGGGGUGCCUUCCAACUCUACCCUCGCAAAGCAAGCC